AUGAAGCUCGUCAGGUUUUUGAUGAAAUGUGCCAACGAAACGGUCACCAUAGAACUGAAAAAUGCGGAUGACUACGAAGCAGCUGGUACCAUCGUACACGGCACCAUUAUGUCUAUUUCUCCGCAGAUGAACACAGCCCUCCGCAACGUGCGCAUGACUGCCAAGGGCCAGGACCCCAUCUCCCUCGAUACCAUGAACAUUCGCGGCAGCACCAUCCGCUACUUCAUCCUCCCAGACUCCCUCCCCUGGACACCCUACUCAUUGACGACGCGCCCAAGCCCAAGAACAAGGCUCGCAAGGAGGUAG